AGUCAUAUGUCUGAUCUGUAUUCAAUUUAUAAAUAAAUAAUGUUCAGUGUUCAAAACAGAAAAAGAACCAUAAGCUUUUACAUGUAACAAAUUGUAUAUUUCAAAUUAAUUAAUAUUGAGUCUUUCUGAUUUGUUCUUAUUGUUAGCAUGACUUCUAAGGGAACGUUUGAGAACCACUAUGAUGAUUAUAAUAAGGAUGUAAAUAAUAUUCUUAAUGUAUCUAAAGAUGGAUUGUCUGAAAAGUUCCUGGGAAAAUUGCAAAACUUUAAGUCCUGUAAAUUACAUAUAUUGACAACAAAAAUGGAGAGUGAUAUUUUCUACGAUGGAACAAUAUACACUGGAUCAGCAGGGCUGGCUUUAUAUCAUUUUAUGUGUGCAAUGGGGAAAAAUGACAACAGUUAUGAGGGUUUAAAGACUGUAUUGGAAUAUAUCAACAUAGAAAACUUGAAAGGUCGCAGAAUAAGUUUUCUUUGUGGAGAUGCAGGACCAUUAGCUUUAGCUACUGUUAUAUCAUAUAAAAUUGGUACAACACGUCCAAAUAAUUUUCCCGAUUAUAAAACUUUAGCCCAAAGACUCAUGUCUCUUAUAUCUUUAUUGAAUGAUUCACCUGAUGAACUUUUAUAUGGAAAAUCUGGAUAUCUUUAUGCAUUACUUUUUGUGAAUAAACAUAUUACAGGGAAAGAAGUUAUUCCUGCAAGUCAUAUAGAAAAGGUCAUCCUUGCCAUUUUGAAAUCUGGUAAACAUUUUUCUACACAAAUGAAGUCAGAUAGUCCUCUUUUGUGGCAAUGGCAUGAUAAAAUAUAUUUGGGGGCUGCUCAUGGAAUGGCUGGGAUUUUAUAUAUGCUAUUACAGGCUCGAGAAUAUAUUAAUGUUACUGAACUACGUAGUUUUAUAAAACCGACCAUAGAUUGGCUAUUGAAUCAGCGGUUUCCGAAUGGAAAUUUUCCAUCAUCUUUAAAUAGCAGCUCUGGUGAUAGACUAGUGCAGUGGUGUCAUGGAGCGCCUGGAUUUGUUCCCUUGUGGCUAUUGGCUCAUCAGGUAUUUGAAGAAGACAAGUACUUCAAAAUUGCUUUACGAUGUGGCGACAUUAUAUGGCACAGAGGAUUAUCAACCAAAGGAUACAGUUUGUGUCAUGGAGUCAGCGGUAAUGCCUACUCGUUUAUACAGCUGUAUCAAGUUACAAAAGAACCCCUGCACUUGUAUCGUGCUUGCUGCUUCAUGGAGUGGUGCGCAGUAGAGCGCUCCGGUACAGAAUUGCACCGGCCGGACAGACCAGCCUCUCUCUUUGAAGGCCUAGUUGGGCGACUCUAUUUAGCUGAAGACAUUACUCACAUAUCAGAUGCCAAAUUUCCUGCAUUGUGUUUGUAAUUUUU